GUGCUCGAUUGCUUCACCCUGAGUGUUGGAUCGUUUUUCCUCCAUGUUGAUUACACUCCCCUGUACUAGGUAGGGCCUUGCCUCUGAUGGGAGUAUAGGACACAUUUUAACACAUCACCUCAUCCUUUCUCAGUCCUCUAGCUCCACAUUACUACUGUAAACCAUGGAAGACGAAGACUUAAACGCCAUCAGGCGGCAGAGGAUGUCGGAGCUGCAGGCCCAGCACGGGGAUAAUUCAAAAAAUCAGCAGCAAGGAGAGGAGGCCAAACAAAGAGAUACAGACAUGAGGAACUCUAUAUUGGCUCAAGUUCUCGACCAGUCUGCCCGUGCCAGAUUGAACAAUCUUGCUUUGGUUAAGCCGGAGAAGGCCAAGGCAGUUGAAAACUAUCUCAUUCAAAUGGCUCGUUUUGGAAAGUUGGGAGGAAAGAUUUCGGAGUCGGGCUUGAUCGAGAUUCUAGAAAAAGUCAGUCAGGAAACAGAUAAGAAGACAACCGUAAAAUUCAACAGGCGGAAGGUGAUGGACUCAGAUGAUGAGGAUGAUUAACUUUAAACGGGAGCCCUGGAACAAGCCAAGAAAUCGGGAGAGGUUAUGCUGUACUUGGACUCUGAUACUAUUUUUGACCUGUUAGCUGAAUCCUGGGAUGCCACACUAGCUUCUGUGUGUCUCUGGAAACUACAUUUACCAAGAGAGAAGAACAGAGUGGAGCUGACGUUGUGGCAUAAGUGGUGACAUCUUAGGUGCUCUUUUGCGAUCUCUUUUAAAUCAAGUUGUUACAGAUUUGCUCUGCUUGUGUUGUACCCCUGACAGCUCACGGCACUGUUUGACUCCUCUAGUCCUUCUCAGUAGUUACUCUUUUUUUCUUCUUUAUUUUCAGCAUGUUUGACUUCUGUUCUUCAAUCAGAAGAAGCUAGAUAAAAUGCAAAAUGCACUGCUGCUGAUGCAUUACAUCUAGACUGUUCUGUGAAUACAAUACAUUGCUCUCUAUUCAGAGCCAUCAUCCCAUCCCAUGUUGCAAUUUAUUUUUUUUCUGACAUGUAUAUUAUAGGUUUACAUAAAAAAAAUUAAAAAACGCCUUAAAUUCAAAUGUUUGUUUUUCUAGUGAACCAUUUCUAAAAUGUUCAGUUAUUAUAUGAACAAGUGUUCAACCUUUUUGAAAAGGUUUCUAUUUUGGGUUUUUCAUCAUGUUCUUGGGUCAAAGCACUCAUUUUUCACGGUUAUGACUAUGCUCAAUGCAAGAGCAGAAAAGCUUUGCAGCAUCAUCACACGAUAUCCUCACCACCAUAGAAAAAGUUGACUUACUGUUUCUUUGUGGAUGAUUGACUAUUUCUGCUGAAUCAACAGUUUCAAGAGUUUACAGAUUGCCAAAUGUAUCCAAAUUCUUUUCAAAUAAAAAGCAUGAAGAAGAAA